UUUCGUUGACUCGAUAUCGGAUGGAUCAUUUUGGGAAUCUCGUGCCUUGGUCACGGUCAAUACUAGACCCUUUGUCCCCACGAAGGCUUCGCGAGCCCUGUUUAUAAGCUCCUAGCCGCUUAUAAUGACCCUGGAAAAGGGCUCCAGCGGCAGUUCGUCGGCCUCGGAUGCCGUGGAUCGUCCGGACCUUUGAUCUCGCCCCCAGAUCGUAACUCAUAAAGCUGCCACCGUCGGCUGCUGCUCCCGGUGGGAUUCACCCUUCCCUUUCCCUGGUCUAGGAUCGUUCCCCGAAGAGCCUACCGUAGUUCAUCCGAUCAAGUGCGUCCCCCCGACGUCAUGGCACUACUCAAGCACUGCCUCUGGCUCCUACUGGCGGCCAACGCCGCGGUCACAUCGGCCAGGCCCGGCGGGUUCAACUUCACCCGCGAGGCCAUCGACAACGGCGAGGCGCUCGCCCAGCUCAACGUCAAGGCCCUCGAGGCCUCGCGCGCCUUGAGACGGAUCCUGGGCGCCAACGCCACCUGCUCGGACGACAAGCUUCGCGUCCGGAGGGAGUGGAGAACGCUGCCCGCGGAGGAGCGCAAGGCGUACAUCGCGGCGGUCCAGUGCCUCCAGUCCUCGCCCACCCUGCUAGACCCCGUCGAGCUGCCGGCCGCCAAGUCUCUGUACGAUGACUUCGUGCUGACGCAUCUCAACCAGACGGGCAGCAUCCACGUUACGGCCAACUUCCUGCUGUGGCACAGGUACUUCACGUACGUCCACGAGGAGACGCUGCGUAACACGUGCGGGUACACCGGAACGAUGCCCUACUGGGAAUGGGGCUACGACGUCGACGACCCGGCGGCCUCGCCCGUCUUCGACGGGUCCGAGACGUCCAUGGGCGGCAACGGCGCGCCCAUCGCGCGCGAGGAGGGCAUGCAUCUCCUCCAGCGCGUCUCCAACACGACGAUCAAGCUGCCGCCCGGCUCCGGCGGCGGGUGCGUCGAGACCGGGCCCUUCUCCGACAUGACGGUCCACGUCGGGCCGGUCUCGCUGCUGCAGUACGGCACGACGGCGACGUUCGGCGUCGACAGGCCGACCGACGACCACCCGCGGUGCCUGCGGCGCGACCUCAACCGGCACGUAGCGGCGCGCUACGCCUCGUUCCGCAACACGACGGAGCUGAUCCUGGACCACGACGGCAUCGAGUGGUUCCAGGCCGUCAUGCAGGGCGACGACCGGUACACGCCCGGUGUGGAGAUCGGCGUCCACGGAGGCGGGCACUACACGAUAGGAGGCGACCCCGGCUCCGACCCCUUCAUCUCGACGGGCGAGCCCGCCUUCUUCCUGCACCACGCGCAGGUCGACCGCGUCUACUGGAUCUGGCAGAUGCUCGACUUCGCCAACCGACAGGACAUCUUUGGCACCCUGACGCUGCAGAACAACCCCCCCAGCCGCAACGGCACCCUGGACGACAUCGUCGACGUUUCCCCCCUCGCCGAGCCGGUCAAGCUCCGGGACCUGAUGAGCACCGUCGGGGGAUCGCCGUUCUGCUACGUCUACGAGUAAUCAGACGUCGUCGUAUGUGGCGCGUGUGUGUGCGGCAACCACUCCGCCACGUUUUCCCCCUUCCCACUUUUCCCCUUCUUGUACAUAGUCCAGCCCUUGAUAGGUUCAUGUUCCGAAUAUUCCGUCUCUGCCUGUCCUUUCGCUGCUGUCACUUUUGCGCCCGAGUUCUGCGUCUUCUCAACACCACGUCAUGCUGUCAACGAGUCAGGACGACGUCUGACUCUGCAACCCUCCCCUCCCCGUGUCUGGUCUGGUGUGUCGUGUGUCGUGUGUGGUCUGUCCUUCAGCGCCGGCCAGCCGCACACUGCCACCAAAGCCAAUAGGGUCAACAUGGCGGGCGUAGCACGACGUCGGUCUGCCGCCGUGACACGGUCUGAUGUGACCCCAAAGGCGGCCGAAAGAACACCUAGUGUCAGUCUCGAGGAAGGGGGAAGCCCUUGCACCCGGGGAUGGCCGGUUCAUCUUAUAUGCACUGCCAUCCCAACAAAACGACCGAGACGACGAGAGGGAGGGGGAGAGAAAGAGAAAGCGAGAGAGUGCCACGUUGCGAUGAAACUCUAUUCGGCGGAUGACUCUCAUGCCGUUUGGGGGGGAGCACGACCCCAUACAGCUCCGUCCUGUACACCUUGUGUGGCUUAACAUACCGAGGGAGGUCGGACGAUGUGAUCUUCAACCAGGGGUCUCCCCAUCCUCGGAGAAUAAAGUUCGCCGUCUGGAACAGGAACCCGCGACAGGUCGCGUCGAAAGAAAGGGGGCCUGUGUGAAACCUCUGGAUAUCCCAGAGAAUCCAUCGACUUUUCUCAAACCCGCUGCUCACAGCUCAAACACGGCGCAAGAGGGACGGACGACAGCCUUCGAGUC